AUGUUGCCCCAGUCUCACAUUGCUCCUGAUAGAGAUGAAUUGAGAGAGCCUGAGAGAGUAGAUGAAUCCGUUCACCAACCUUCUGAACAACGGGGACAGGGAAAUGUGACUGGAACUGAUCCUAUUGCUGUUGAAAGAAUUGCUAUUGCCGUUGUAUCUGCUAUGCGUAAUACUGACAGAGAUUUCAGUAUUGAAAGGGCUACAAAGUUAGGGGCUAAAGUGUUCACUGGCACAGUCGAUCCUGCAGUUGCACAGGCAUGGAUGACUAAUAUAGAGAGAGUAUUUGAUGUUAUGGGUUGCUUAGACGAGAGGAUGUUGUGUCUCGCCACUUUCUUAUUAGAGGAAGGUGCAUACGAUUGGUGGCAAUCGUCCUAUAAAGAUGCAAAGCAAAAGGAAUUUUUGAAACUAGUACAAGGGCAGAUGACAGUUGCAGAAUAUCAGGUGAGAUUUAUUGAACUUUCAAAGUAUGCCCAAGUUCUGGUAAGCAACGAAAUUGAUAAAUGUAGACGAUUUGAAAAUGGGUCAAGGGAAGAAAUCCGAUUAGUAGUAACAGCUGCAGGCUGGAAUGGUUCUUCCCAGAGAUUAUCUACUCCGAGACAGGGCGAGAGUUUUACUAGUACUAGACUACCUUAUUGUCAAUUAUGUAGAAGACCUCAUCUCAGCACGUGUUUAAAGUUCAAAGGAAGCGGAGUCUAUUAUCAUUGUGAUCAAGGAGGACAUAUCAGAAGAAAUUGUCCAGUUCUAUCACAGGAGAGUGGUAUGGUACCGAAGAUAUUUCCUCAGCAGAGUGCUGGUAGUACAAGACAGAAUCAGACUCGGAGAGAUGAUUAA